GUACCUACAUGUAAAGCACUAACCUAGGUACACCGCACAGCGCCGUAUAAAAGUACAUAGGUAAGUAUCCAAGGUUGGCUCCUUGCAGGGACUUUGCAUUACAAACGCAACGACAUUUCCGAGCUGGCUCGGGCAAGCCUAGAAGCUCUUCAUCUUUGCCCAGGAGCGCGUCAACUCCAUACCUAGAGAAAGCCAUGGCGCGACAACGAAAAGCGGCCAAACCAACGCUUGUAAAACGCAAAGAUGGAGGGCUCCCCACACCCUUCAGACGACCGCCCGAGGUUCUCAAGCCCAUCAUCGACACCUUGGAUGAGAAGUGCGUGUACAUCAUGCACAUUGACAACAAGCCUCGAAGCUUCAAGCGCCAGGUAUUCAUGGUACCCGUACUUCUGAAUCUUGCCAUUGCCGCUCUUUUCAUCUGGCGAAUGUACUACAUCUUACCCUACUAUCUCAGCCUCCUGGCUUCGGUUUUGGGUUAUUGGAACGAGACAACCAUGUUCGCAGAUGAGAUGACGUGGGAGGAGAUUCUGCCUGAAAUUGGCCGUCGUGCGGCUACCUUUAUGCUUGACCUUCUACUUUUCGUCUUCCUAUGGCCUUGGCCAGUCGAGUUCUGCUUCGGACAGCACCACGGCAAUCCCGUGGCCUGGCGCUGGGCUGUCGGCUUCCGUGACCGGGAGGUUAUAGUCCGCCGCAGCCGCAAGUGGAGUGAGGAUAUGGGCGACGUGGUGAAUGACGGCGAGGAUGGCACAAACGCGGCGCGUAGCUACUUCCUGGCCCGUGUGAGCAUCGCUACCUCUCCAAUGGUGCUAGGUGACAAAACAGGCUACGUGAUGAUGGAUGGUGACUGGGAUCUCGACUGGGGCGCCAUGAUGGACGCCACGGAGAUGGUUGAUAAGAAGAUGGCAGCCAUUGAGGCGUUUACGCUUGUCAUUCUCGUGCACCAAGACGACUGGGGAUGGCUUGUCGUGGAUCUCAAAGGUGAAGAACUAGCGCGGGAAACCGGUCGCCGCAGACAGAUCUAUGUAUUUCGGGACGCGCUCACCAACAUAGGGAAGGAGGACCUAUUCUACCGCUGGAUUGAGAUCGUUCAGUUCGAGUCAUCGCAACCUGGCGGAUUCAGCGUAGAGAGACAGGAGAAGACGGCCCAGCAGAUCAGAGAAUUAUUCCUCAAGGAGGGUAUCGACUUUGACCAGUUCUGGAAGGACAGCGUUGGCACAGAUUCAGCCAUGGGCAUCUAGUACCGGACGGGACGAACAUUCAAGAGGGGAGCCAGCGUCAUAGCUUGCAAAGGACACGUUGCGCGUUUAUCUCGCAAUAAAAAGUAGUAGUACUCGAUCAGCUGCUCAGGGCGCAAGUAUUAAUUUGAGAAACCUGUCGGUAUGGGUGAGAUUAUAAACCAGCCUCAAGCAGCGAGAGACAACGCGGCACUUAUUCCGCAAAUGGAAACAGCCAACUCUCAAGAGACACACAAAUUCCGCGAGCAAGUGAGCAAUCGCAGAUAUCUAAAAGAUCCAGGGCACUUCCUUGAAUGUCAAGCGACUUCAGAUUUUGACAUCUGACGGAGCAUGCUCUUUUAUUAGGUACUACAUACAUUAGCCAAAUUCUGUGAUCAAGCACCUAGUUAAUUCAUCAAUGAUCGGGGUUGGUAUGCUCCCGCUUCUUCGCAUCCAUUCUCUUGACAAAAACGAUUACGAUUAAUGUUAGAUAAACCGAGCGGGAUGAAACGGAGAUUUAUCGGCUGAGAAGUUUCUCAACAAUAGGUAUCACGUAAUACCAACACCUCCUCGCUUAUGUUGGGUCCGAUACGUUGGUUCA